CGCACUGUCUCUCACGCACUGUCCUUCCUGCUGCUCGUCGCUUUACUUUGACAUCUCAGCUCCGAUCAGCGCGUCGAACUCACCUGAGACACCGGAAGUGAUCCGUGUAGCGAGUCCUCUCCAACAUCCGGGACCCUUUCCUGUGUUUGCUCUCUCCCUGGACGAUGAGCUCAUCCACCUGCACGUCGAGCUGACGAGAUGUCAGGAGACCUGGAGUCAGAUCGCCAUGGUGACGGCAUGGAGCCGCCUCUGAACCUGUUCACCUCCCCCCCGCUGGAGACGAGUUUGGGCGACGCACAGCGAGCGGACGAUAGCUGGAGUCAAGACGCAGACGUGAGGGGCUGUGGGCGGCUGGAGAGGAGGUGGAUCCUCUGGCACGAGUUCAUGAAGGAACACGCCCACCUGGACGCUUGGCUGCGAUUGGCUGAACAGGCCGUCAGUUCCCCAAACUCCGCCCCCGUCACCUACUCUGCCGCCAAAAAAGAUCUGAGGACGUUUGAGAGGCUGCGGAGCGAAGCAGGAUCUCAGCUCGUCCGGUUGGACAGCCUGACCCACAGGAAUCGAACGCUGACUCAACUGUUCACGGGCGCCAUGCGGGCUCGGCUGCUGGCGUCGGCGAGGGAGUGUGGGCCACGAUGGGACGAUGUGAACGCCAAACUGGAGACGGUCACAGCACGGCUGAAGCUCUUCAUCGCAGAGUGGGAGGGGUUUGAGACGGAGAGGGAGGAGCUUGCUCUGUGGUUGGCCAACCUAGACGUCCGUCUGACUGCGGUCGAUCACCUGAAAGGAAACACCUGUGAGAAGCUGAGACGCCUGCAGUCCUUCCAGCAGUGUGUGUGUGAGAACUCGGGCCGUGUGAACGCCCUCCUGCAGCGCGGCGAGCUGUUGAUCCAACGCAGUGAGACGACCGACACUCAGCAAAUAGAGAGACGCCUGCUGGAGCUUCUGCGCCACUGCAGCCGCGUCUACAGCAACAUCGCACGGACACACACACGACUGCUGAGCAUGAGACUGGUGUUUGAGGACGUGAUUCUGGCCACAGACUCAGGUUGUCCGUCAGAGUCUCUGUUAGAGGACGAGGGAGCGCUUGAUAACUCUCACCUGGACGUCCCUGCAGUUUUGAACCAUCCUAGAGAUUUCGGCCAAUCAGCUCACCCCACCCUGACCUUCCCCUCAGACCUGCCCUCCCCCAUCCACCACCCGCCUCCUCCCCCUCCGUCCUCUCCUACCCAUGAGCACCUGGGGCUGGAGUGGGACAACUCUGUUGAUAUCGGACGCUCGGUUUCCUGUGACGACGGCGACUCGUCGUACUUCAGUGUCGGCACAGGUAGAUGUUUUGAGUCUGGACGUCUUCAGAUGGGGACGAGACGUAAAGAGGUGGAGCUUUUUAGUUCGCGCAGCUGUCAGUCUGACAUCAGCAAUGACAUCACAAACCAGGAAGAAGACUUGCGUCUGGCGUGGCAGGACCACACCCACCCCGCUGUCUUCUCGCCAGCAGCGACCCAGGAGGAGGAGCCACGGCUGAGCGACCACCAGUGGGCGACCUCGACGCCUGAUGGGCGGGAUAGCGAUCCACUCAGCUUUGAUGGCGGCCGAGUGAGGGCGUGGCUGGGAGUUCAGAGCCCCGCCCCUCCAGAGAGGAGGACUUCCUGUUCCAAAGCUGUGCAGACUGACGAGGUGAGGGCUGAAGAAGAAUCGUCCUGUUGUGAAGAAGACGAGCGAAGUUUCUCCAAACGAAGAGUGACGUCCAGCAGCGCCUCCUCCUCCUCCUCCUCCCCCUCCUCCUCCCCGGGCCUCCUCUUCCUCCUCCUGGCUGCAGCUCUGGCCCUGCUGGCCUGUCUCACCUGGGUCGUCCAGGAUUCUCCGUGCCACCGGAGCGACAGGAUGCAACGUAGCUUCCACAUGGCGCUGAGAUACGUCAACGGGCCCCCCCCCACCUGAACCCCAGUGGGUGUGAACCGAGCACUUUCCCCUCGGGGGCGGCAGGACAGAGGUUUGAAACUCACCGUGUCCUGUACAACAUUUGUGCGUUUCAAUGCUCGCACGUGAAAAACAAAUCUGCAGGAACAGCAGGACGAUACCAGUUGUUUCAUUUUCUCUGAACCUGCGAACUUCUCUGUCAAAGUGAAUAUUAGUGUCUAUGAAAUCAGUCACGUUCGGACAUUUAACUGCAUCAGUCUCAAAGAAAAGACCUGAUUUGUGGAAAAGGCUCAAAUAAUCACAGGAAAACAACAAUAAGCACAAACAGCUCAGUUCAAAUCUUCCUUCUCUCAUUUGAACUGGUCGGCUCAAAUCUUUGAGGAGGUAAAGAUAUAAAUGAUUGUUGUGCCGUCCAGCAGCUGAUAGAAGAUCUCUGUCACGUACAAGUAUCUUGUUCUUCACACAGCGUUAACAGGACGGGUCAGAUUUUAAAUAUGAAAACAUCUGGAUCCACCUGCUACGAAACUGUAUCUAUAGAGUUUCUUCUUCGGUGCAGAUCCAAGAGCGUGAGCCUGUAGCUGAAUCCCUCCGGCAGAAUGUGUCCGAUGUGAUGAUGUGUGUUGUGCCUCAGAGGAAACCGUCAUCAGAGACUUAUUUACCCGACUGAUGCUGCAGAACGUUAACGCAGCAUUAGUGACAAACUGUUUUUAAAUCUGAUUUUCAAAUCUGUUUCGUCCCUGAAGGAUUUGUUGUAAAGUCGAGAGAAUGAAGUCAUUAGAGAAACAGUGAGAGAUGAAAUACACCCAGUUACAUUAAA